ACCCAACCAAUCUUUCCCCAACCCUGCAUAGGCUGCCACUUUAUCUAUAAGGAAGUUGAAGCUCUGUUACAGAAAGUGACGGCAAUGACAUGCAGCUGAUCCACCCUGUUAUGAUCUGUCAUGAAUUAUACUUUCAGUUAAGACCACACACUGUAGACGAUGAGCAGCAGCAUGGACGACGACUGCCCUGUGUGUCAGGGCCCUUUACAGAAUCCUUCACAGCCGGUUCCUUGCUGUAAAAAAGUAUUUUGUCAGUCUUGCCUAAGACAGGCAGUUUUAGCACGACCCAGGUGUCCAUACUGCAGGAGCCCCAUAAAUGACACUGCCGCUCUUGCAUUUAGGUCUGCCGUAUGUGUCUACGGACAGCCCGGUACCCGUGCUUCACUUCAGACAGCACGAACUGUUUCCCCCAAUAUACAGGCUCUCCUCGGCCUGCUUAAUGCAAGUACCCGGGCUUCACAGGCAGCCAGCGCUCCAAAUGUCAGUUCGCUAACUUCGAACGCUGACGUACAACCUGCUGGCCAUUCUACUCUCAGACCUCAUCCAGUUCCCAGACCACGGCGCCAAGUCAAUAUUCAAGCAGCUCCUGCUGCAGUGAUCACCCCACCACCAAAUCCAGUCAGCAUCCCAGCAAUCACCAGUCCUCCGCCAGUCAUCCAGUUAGAUGAUCUUGAUGACCUAAACUGGGAGGAUGUUCCAAAUGAUGAAAUGGAUACUGGAUCUCUGGAUACUGGAUACAUCACGAGAACAUAUAAUUGUCCGUACUGUCAGAUAGGCAACCUGGAUGACCUGGAGCUGCGUGAUCACUGCAACAACAACCAUCUCUGUGACAGCAGACGAGUGGUUUGCCCAGUGUGUGUGUCACUGCCGCAUGGCAACCCGACUUACUGCAGCAGGGAUUUCAUCGGCCAUCUCAACCUCCGCCACGGAUACUACAUUGCUGACAUAACUAAUGUCCACCAGAACGACUAUGUUAACUUGCAGGAUGCCAUAAUGAGAUCAAUACAACAAACAUAAAUGCCACAUUUUUCCAUUAACUCUUUUUACCAGAGGCUGGUUUUUGUUGUAUUCAUGUUCAGCAUUGAAUUUCUUUGUAAUCUACAGUAGUGAUUAAUGGCUCAUGUGAAAGUAGAUGCUACAAGUGCUUCUUCAUAAGCAUCUAAAAUCUGAAGGCGUUAUCUUCAACCACUAAAAUUCUGUGUAAGGUAAUCCAACAGAGAGGAAAAACAAGCCAACAGAGUCCUGACUCAUUUUAUUUUAUAGCUUGUGGUGAUAAAAUAAUUCAUUUGUUUACACUGAUCACUGAAAAUGAUUUCCACUGAGCAGCAUCAAAGGUGUAUGGCAAUAUUACGUUGUUAAGAAUGAACUGAUAUGUUUCUGAAGCUUGAUGUCUGGAUAAAGAAGACUUAUUAUAAUUAUCUAAGAUUAAUUCUAACACUAAAUACCUUUUCAGAAAAAUCCUUACUUGUAAUGAUUGCUUAUUCUGUAUUCGAAUAUUUGCUUAUUCUAAUUUAUUCCUGGACUUGGCUGGAUUUGUAUUAUAUCACAUGUAUCAUACAAAUAUAGUUAACGUUUGCACCUUCAGCAGUAAUCGCACUCCAUAACUGAUCUGUUGACUCCAUAACUCCUUCCAUGACCUGUGAUUUUAAACGUGUCCAAUAAAAGAGAUUGACGCACAA